UCUCAUAUCCCCUCUGAUCUUCGUUGUGAUAGAAAGAGUGAGAGUUUAGAGAGAGAGAGAUAGAGAUGGCGGAGGAGCAGCCAAUAGUCGCCGGAAGGCGGAGGAGCAGAGGAGCCGAAGCGGCGGCUCGUAAGGACGCCCUCGACCGCCUAAAAGCUCUCCGCAGUGGUGGCCGCCGUGAAAGUGGUGGCUUUCAGAUCAGGAUCGAAGAACCGAUCUACGACACCGUCGGAGAAGAUGAAUACGAUGCGAUCGUCGCUAAACGCCGUGAAGAUUUCGGGGCCUUCAUUGUCGACGACAAUGGUCUCGGUUACGGAGACGAAGGCCAGGAGGAGGAUUGGUCCCAGGCCGGAGUCCCUUUGUCCUCCGAUGAAUCGGACGGUGAAUUAGAGAGACCUAAGAAGAAGAAGACAGAGAAGAAGGAGCCGCCGCCUAAGAAGCCUUCUGCUCUCUCCGCUGCGGCGGCUCUAAUGGGUAAGCAACGCCUCUCUAAUAUGUUCACUUCUUCAGUUUUUAAGAAGCCUAAGGAUGAUAAAGCCAAGAAUUUAUCAAGUGAUAGUAUCGUUGAUGAUGUUAUUGCUGAAUUUGCCCCUGAUGAGGCUGAUCGAGAGAGGCGACGGAGGGGACACGCAAACACGAAUUCAUCAACGGCUGUGAGGAAUUUCCCGCUGAUUAAGAGUGAAAAACAACCCGUUGCAGUUGUUGAUUCGAUGGUUAGGUCUGAAUUGGCAAAGAUUAAUGCAAAUAGUGAACCUUUUUUGGGUAAGGAACAGAAAAUUGAAGUUGCCAAAGAGAGUGAUUCGAUAAAAGAAUUUGAGAAUGACCAAGAUUUGAGUACUGAAAUUGGUCACCAUCCGAAUGUUGAAUCGCUUGAAUCUUCGACGAAGGAGAGUGUGGUUGAGGAGAGCAUGCCAAAUGGUAUUGAAGUGAAGGGGGAGGCGGUGGUGAAGGAGUUGUCUUUUGCUCUCAAUGCGAAAAUCAAAGAGGAAAAGGAUCCAGCAUUGAGCGCGACUGCUGGGUGGCAGGCAGUUAGGAAUGCGGGAAAUGGGAGCAUUGGAAGUGAUGAAGUGGAGGCAAAUCCUGGUUUGAGUAGCGAAGAAAAGCCAGAUUUCGUUCUGGAUCCAGAUGGGUCACUGCCUUUCUACAUAAUCGACGCUCAUGAGGAGUUUUAUGGUGCUAACAUGGGUAACCUUUAUCUUUUUGGGAAGGUCAAAACAGGAAGUACAUAUUCCAGUUGCUGUGUGAUUGUAAAGAACAUGCAAAGAUGUGUCUAUGCAAUCCCAAAUGCUUCUUUGUUUCAUAAUGAAAUUAUUAUGAAGCUUGAGAAAGACGCAGAAGAAUCUCGAAUUUCUCCUACAGCUUUCCGUGCUAAGCUGCAAGAGAUCGCAUCAGGAUUAAAGACUGAAAUAGCAAAACAAUUAUUAGAUCGUAAUGUUUCAAGUUUUAGCAUGGCACCUGUUAAGAGAAAAUAUGCAUUUGAGCUUUCUGACAUACCUUCUGGGGAGAAUUACGUACUCAAGAUCAACUAUCCGUUUAAGGAUCCUCCACUUCCUUCAGACCUCAAGGGGGAACUGUUCUCUGCUUUGCUUGGAACUCAUAACAGUGCUUUGGAGCUUUUUCUUGUUAAGAGGAAGAUAAAGGGACCUUCCUGGCUAUCAGUUUCAAAAUUCUCCACCUGUCCAGCUCAGCGUGUAAGCUGGUGCAAAUUUGAGGUUAUUGUUGAUUGUCCAAAGGAUAUACAAGUUUCAACUACCUCAAAGAAUGUAGCAGAGAUUCCUCCAGUGGUUGUCACAGCAAUAAAUAUGAGAACUAUUGUCAAUGAAAAACAAAAUGCGAACGAAAUUGUAUCUGCAUCUAUAAUCUGCUGUCACAAGGCCAAGAUUGACACUCCCAUAUUAGCCUCAGAAUGGAUGAGGCCCGGUAUGCUUAGCCAUUUUACUGUUGUACGUAAGCUUGAUGGGGGCAUAUUUCCCAUGGGAUUUGCCAAAGAGAUUAAUGAUAGAAAUUCAAAAGCUGGAUCAAAUAUCAUCAGUAUUGAAAGCAGUGAAAGGGCUUUGUUAAACCGUCUGAUGAUUGAAUUACACAAAUUAGAUAGUGAUGUCCUUGUUGGGCACAAUAUUUCUGGGUUUGAUCUUGAUGUACUGCUUCACAGAGCCCAGGCUUGCAGGGUCCCUAGCAACAUGUGGUCCAAAAUAGGCCGUCUGAAGCGCUCUGUGAUGCCUAAGCUUACUAAAGGAAGCACAAUUUUUGGGUCUGGUGCAAGUCCAGGGAUUAUGUCUUGCAUUGCAGGGAGGCUCUUGUGUGAUACAUAUUUGUGUUCUCGUGAUCUAUUGAAAGAGGUCAGUUAUUCUUUGACACAACUUGCAAAGACUAGGCUGAACAAAGAUCGGAAGGAGAUUGCACCGCACGAUGUUCACUUGAUGUUUCAAAGUUCUGAAACCCUUAUGGAACUUAUUGAAUGUAGUGAGACAGAUGCAUGGUUAUCAAUGGAGCUUAUGUUUCAUUUGAGUGUUCUUCCCCUCACACGUCAGCUAACCAAUAUCAGUGGUAAUCUUUGGGGAAAAACUCUCCAGGGUGCUAGAGCGCAGAGAGUAGAAUAUCUUUUGCUGCAUGCAUUCCAUGCAAAGAAAUAUAUGGUCCCAGACAAGUUUUCUUCUCAUCCAAAGGAAACAAAAGUGACAAAACGUAAAGUGAAUCACAGUGCUGAGGGCAAAGAAAUUGAUGAUUUGGAUGUUGACAAUGCGAAUUUUGAGAAUGAUUUACCACACAAUGAUCAUGGUAAAGCUAAGAAAGGACCCUCUUAUUUAGGUGGAUUGGUCUUGGAGCCAAAAAGAGGAUUGUAUGACAAGUACGUUUUACUUCUGGACUUCAAUAGUCUUUACCCUUCUAUCAUUCAGGAAUACAAUAUCUGCUUUACAACUGUUGAGAGAUUUCCAGAUGGAUCAGUUCCUCGUUUACCAUCUAGUAAAAAGACUGGGGUUUUACCAGAGUUGCUGAAAAAUUUGGUUGAGAGAAGGAGAAUGGUGAAGUCAUGGCUAAAGAACGCAUCUGGUCUUAAGGUCCAGCAGCUUGACAUACAACAGCAAGCACUGAAACUCACUGCAAACAGUAUGUAUGGUUGCCUGGGUUUUUCCAAUUCCAGAUUCUAUGCAAAACCGCUUGCAGAGCUGAUAACACUACAAGGAAGGGAGAUCCUACAAAGUACUGUUGAUCUAGUUCAGACUAAUUUAAACUUAGAGGUGAUCUAUGGUGAUACAGAUUCAAUUAUGAUUUAUAGUGGACUUGAUGAUGUUGCAAAAUGUAAGGCGAUUGCAGGGAAGGUCAUCCAAGAGGUCAACAAAAAAUAUAGGUGUUUAGAAAUUGACCUAGAUGGCUUGUACAAGAGAAUGCUGCUUCUCAAGAAAAAGAAAUAUGCAGCUGUCAAAGUGCAGUUUAAGGAUGGAACACCAUAUGAGGUUAUUGAACGGAAAGGUCUUGAUAUGGUUCGUCGUGACUGGAGCUUGCUAUCAAAGGAACUGGGAGAUUUCUGCCUAAGUCAAAUACUCUCCGGAGGGUCAUGUGAGGAUGUUGUUGAAUCAAUACACAGUGCUCUCAUGAAGGUACAAGAGGAUAUGAGGAAUGGACAAAUAGCACUAGAGAAAUAUGUCAUCACAAAGUCGUUAACUAAACCGCCAGAAGCCUACCCAGAUGGCAAAAACCAACCUCAUGUUGAAGUUGCACUUAGACUGAAGGGAAGUGGUUACUCCACUGGUUGCUCUGCCGGUGAUACAGUUCCUUAUGUAAUUUGCUGCGAGCAGGGGGCUGGUUCAGGUACUUCCGUAGGGAUUGCUCAGCGGGCAAGACAUCCUGAUGAAUUGAAAAGAGACAAUGAAAAAUGGAUGAUUGACAUUGAUUAUUACCUGUCACAGCAGAUUCAUCCUGUUGUAUCACGUCUGUGUGCGUCAAUUCAAGGUACGAGCCCAGCACGUUUGGCUGACUGUUUAGGGCUUGACUCAUCCAAGUUUCAAAGUAAAUCAAGUGAAGGUGUCAAUAAUGAUUCUUCCAACUUACUAUUGUGUGCGGUGGAUGAUGAUGAGAGAUAUGGAGGUUGUGAGCCUUUGCAUUUGUCAUGUCCCAGUUGUUCUAGUACAUUUGACUGUCCAGCCGUGUUUACUUCUGUACGUACAUUAAUCAACGAAAAACAAACAGACUCACAUGCAGGAGGGGAAUCCUCUCAAAAUUUCUGGGGCAAUUUGCGUUGUCCUAAAUGCCCAGAGGAAGGUGAUUUGGGCAGAAUGUCUUCAGCACUGAUAGCCAAUCAGGUCAAGAGGCAAGCAGAAGGGUUCAUUUCAACAUACUACAAAGGUUUAAUGACGUGUGAUGAUGAAACUUGCAAGUACACAACUCGUAGUCUGAACUUGCGGGUAAUUGGUGAUUCUGAAAGAGGAACAGUUUGUCCCAAUUAUCCUCGUUGUAAUGGGCAUCUCAUAAGAAAGUACACGGAAGCGGAUCUGUACAAACAGCUUACUUAUUUCUGCCAUGUCUUGGAUACCGUACGCUGUAUUGACAAGGUGGAGCAAAACAUCAGGAUACCAGUAGAAAAGGAGCUUGCAAGAAUCCGGCCACUCGUUGAUUUGGCAGCAUCAACAGCACAAAGGAUCCGUGACCGAUGUGCCUUUGGGUGGGUGCAGCUGAAGGAUCUCAUCGUCACAAUUUGACCGCUUAAUGUAACAUAAAGACGUUGAUAUGAUUCUUUUACACGGUUUUGUAAAUAUUGGACGAAAAUUAACUAACCAUUGGCCACCAUAGUGAGUUUUCAUUUAUUUCAUUGAUUACUACAAAUCCAAGGCCAGCAAUGCUUUGUAAGUGAAGUGUGACAGAACAAAGCAUAUCCCUCGUUUCCUAUUCUCUGAGGCUAUCAUUCCUUCCCUCCAACCCUAUAAAUUUCCAGGGCUUUGUCACCCAAUUUGGUGAUGGUUAUGGUGGCCAUGAAAUGAAAUGUGUUUCUUAUUUGUUGGCUUGGAUUACUGGCAUAGGUGGUGUUUUCUCGUGUAGUGUGUGGUCUUUUCAGGUCUGGCAAUCUGGUUCCUUGUGCAUGUCUGGACUUGAUUUUGAGAAAUUUGAUAUGGAUAAUAUAUUGACUGUCA